GUGGGAUUGGGAGCGAUUUUCAAAGUAUGGGAUUUCCGCUUUUGUGACCAUCGACAGCAGCAGCGUGGUGACGCUGACGGGCUGCAGGAUGGGCUUGACGGGGUUGUCGGGACCUCUGCUGUUGCAGGCUGACGCCGGCUACCGGUUUGUUGCUGGGUGCCUGACGGUUGCGGGACGGGUGGUGACGACGGCGGCUGAACUGGAGCUGAAAGGCAUUACCAACGUGACGACGGUCACCGCGUGCGGGGAGUGCACGAAGGAGGGCGAUUGCUUUGCUCCGCUGACGACGGCGGUCAUUGACUGCAGGUGCUGGUGCGCUGCUGGAGGGCACGGCGAUGUGUGCGUCCCGGCGCCUGUGCCUGCUGGUCCGCCAUCACCGCCACCGCCGCCGCCGCCACCACCCACGCCGCCACCGCCGCCGGUUGGUGGGUGCAUCAGCGACAUGGUAUACCCCGAGGUUGCGCAGGCUGUGGGCGACGGGCUGUCGUGGCUGUGCUACCGCAACGUGACGUUCAGCGGGGGCGGCAUGAGCCUGACAGUGCUGAUUGGGGCGAUGACGGGCGACGUGGCGAAUGUCACGUUCGAUGGAUGCACGUGGAGGGACGGUGCCGUGCUGUUGCUGUUGGGCAACGCGUACGCCGCUGUGGGGUCGCUGAACAUCGUCGUCACCGGCAACGCGUUCCGUGACGCGCUGCUCAGCCCGGAGGGUGGGUUUCCGCCGCACACGAACAUCACGAUCAGCGGCAACCGCUUCACUGUCACAAGGCUGGUCUCUCGGCCGGGAUUGAACGUUAUGAGGAAGUCGUGUGUUUUGAUGAAUGGACUGGCGAUCAGCAAUGACUCCGCGGUGGUGCUCAGUGGAAAUUUGUUUCAGAGUGUGACGGCAUCGUCAAGCGCCAUUUACGUUGUCGGAUCUUCGCUGAGGGUGUCUUGGCACUCCGUGUUUGCGGUGAUGGGCAACACUUUUCGUAUGGCUGUCGUUAACGGUACGCUGAUACAUCUUGAAGGGUCUAGCGAAUCCACUUCGCUGAGUGUACUGAACAACUCUGCAGUGGUGAUCCGAGGCAACGUUGUGACGAGGCCGGUGAAGUACUUCAUGUUAUUUUUCCGGGCCUCACGUGUGGAGUUCUGGUCAGCGGUUGUGUUUCACGGCAACGACAUGCAGGGAAGCUUGGUUGUGUUUUAUUCAAGCUGCUCCUUGCACAUCUACCACAACUCCUGGCUGCAGUUGAGUGGCAACCUCUGCCGUGUAUCUCCAUCAGAUGCCUUUACUGUUUUAAACCCCACGGUGAAUCUCCGCGACUCCGUGGUGUCUGUGUCCGGCAACCGAUUCAUGUCCAACAGGGGAACGCCGACAGUUCUGCGGAUAUCCACAGGGUCCCGCGAUCUCACGAACGGAGCGAUUGUGGCCGCGUGCAACAGUGUGAACGGCGGGGAGGGGGCGGGGUACGGCAUCCCGUCUGCGUACAAUGCCACCAUUUUGACCUGCGGGGACCCAUGCACCCUCUUGGCGUCGUGCUUCCCCGCGUACACGACGACGGCCUCGAGUGAUGGCUGCGCCUGCACGUGCGCUGAGGGCGGUCACGGCGAUGCGUGCCUGCCCGUUGCUGUUCCCGAGUCAUCGAGCACCGACGGCGCCGACUUGUGCGUGCGGGACGGGAGUGUGGAUGUGGAGGUGAACGCCGGCUUCGGGACGUCGGUGGUGUGCUACGUUGGUGUGACCUUUGCGGCGGAAGUCGUGGUGGACGUGGAGUUGAUGUCAGGGAGCGUGCGCAACGUGACGCUGGCGAACUGCACGUUUGUGGGCGGAGCGAGCCUGUACGUUGUUGGGUGGCUGUCCGACCCGUCUGCUGGCGAGCGCGCCGAUGUGUUGAUCAGCGGGCUUGAGUCGCGCUCUGGCGGCGGCGUACUGGUGGCGAACCGAUAUCCGCCGGGCUCGCGCGUCGCUGUGGUGGACUCGGUGCUAAUCGCA